GGGGCGUCCCGGCUUCCGGGCGGCGGCGGCUGCAGCAAGAACGGUCGGCGGGCUCCCUUCCUAACGUUCUCUGAGAGAAGCGGCGUCUGCGAGACGGUGUUCAUCAUGUUCUCUUUCAACAUGUUUGACCACCCGAUUCCCCGGGUCUUCCAAAACCGCUUCUCCACGCAGUACCGCUGCUUCUCCGUAUCCAUGCUAGCGGGGCCUAAUGACAGGUCAGAUGUGGAGAAAGGAGGGAAGAUAAUUAUGCCACCCUCAGCCCUCGAUCAACUCAGCCGACUUAACAUUACCUAUCCCAUGCUGUUCAAACUGACCAAUAAGAAUUCGGACCGCAUGACGCACUGCGGUGUGCUGGAGUUUGUGGCUGAUGAGGGCAUCUGCUACCUCCCACACUGGAUGAUGCAGAACUUGCUCCUGGAAGAAGGGGGUCUGGUCCAGGUGGAGAGUGUCAACCUUCAAGUGGCCACCUACUCCAAAUUCCAGCCUCAGAGCCCCGACUUCCUGGACAUUACCAACCCCAAAGCCGUAUUAGAGAACGCACUGAGAAACUUUGCCUGCCUGACCACUGGGGAUGUGAUUGCCAUCAACUACAAUGAGAAGAUCUAUGAACUGCGGGUGAUGGAAACCAAACCCGACAAGGCUGUGUCCAUCAUUGAGUGUGACAUGAACGUGGACUUUGACGCUCCCCUGGGCUACAAAGAACCCGAAAGACAAGUCCAGCAUGAGGAGUCGACAGAAGGUGAAGCUGACCACAGCAGCUACGCUGGAGAGCUGGGCUUCCGCGCCUUCUCAGGCUCCGGAAAUAGACUGGAUGGAAAGAAGAAAGGGGUCGAGCCCAGCCCCUCCCCAAUCAAGCCUGGAGACAUUAAAAGAGGAAUUCCCAAUUAUGAAUUUAAACUUGGUAAGAUCACUUUCAUCAGAAAUUCACGUCCACUGGUCAAAAAGGUGGAAGAGGAUGAAGCUGGAGGCAGAUUCGUGGCUUUCUCUGGAGAAGGACAGUCAUUGCGUAAAAAGGGAAGAAAACCCUAAGUCGGGACUGUUGGCUGAUUGGCAAAUAAAAGAAUCCAUUGCAGCAUA